UCGGCAAGCUGGGGUAGCUCGCGGCGGGCACGAGGCCUGGUCGGUCAAGUCAUCCAGUCCGUCCUUGUUACCCAUGAGCGCGGGUUACGGACAUGUUCAGGCCUAUACGAAGUAGUAGAUGGCAAUUGUCGACUGGACAACGGGCAAUCAAACCACCCAAGUCAUGACGAAAUAUGACCGAGGACUACAUGAACCGUUCGGGACUUGUUCGACCGCACCUCGGCACAGUCGGUAUGGCGUCGGCAAGUGGGCGUUACUUACCUACCUAGUUGAGCCUGCCGGCAGGGCUCUAGUUUGCCAAGGCGUGGCUGCAGCAGCGCGAUUGCGACGCGUGGUGUUUAUGGGCGGUGCUGGGGGCUGAGUCGAGGACAGCGAGAUGACGACCUGCUCUUGGCGGGGAAAGAGAAUGAAAAUCGGUGAUGCGCGUCAUCGAAUCGACGUCAAAAUGUCAAACAAAA